AUGCCUGCUCUCACUGACGUUCCAAUCAAACUUAUUAUAGGUGCCGGUAAGGCAGCGCCUACUCCUCCUGUGGGUCCUGCUCUUGGCUCUAAGGGAGUAAAAGCCAUUGAUUUCUGCCGAGAGUUCAAUGCUAGAACUGCACACUAUAAGCCUGAGGUUCCUAUUCCAGUGAAGGUUAAUGUUCAUCCGGAUAGAACUUUCAAUUUUAGUAUAAAAUCGCCUACUACCUCAUGGCUUCUUCUUCAAGCAUCCGAGAAACAGAAGGGUUCUGACAGUCUGGGAAAAGGUCGUUUCGAAAAGCAAGGGUACCUCUCAGAGCUCAGUUUGAAGCACAUCUACGAGGUUGCCAAAAUUAAGAAAACUGAUGCUGCCCACUCCGACAUGCCUCUCAAGGAUAUAUGUAAAGGUGUCAUCAGUACUGCUAGGGCUCUAGGUAUUAAGGUGGUGCCAUAA